AUGAGAAGAGCCCCCGGGGCCUCCUCUGGCUCCCGAAUCGAGACCUUUCUCGACAAGUUCUUCUUCUGCCCAUCAUGUACAACCUGGCGAAGGACCAAGCCUCUGCGAUCGACAGCUCCCUCCAGCUCCAGCAGCGGCAGCAGAGAUAGCAGCCGUCGGUAUGCCUCCACUUCCGCUCCAACCCUGACCUCCACCACCGCCAUAAACGCGCAAAAGAUCGUCCCUCCGCAGUACAAACCCCUUUAUAAUUCCCUUCUCAAUGUCCAGAGAAAGGCUUCAGCGCAGGUGAAUCUCAGCCGACUACAACUUGCUCUUCAAGGGCUCGAGUCCGAAACUCCAGUGACCAGAGUGGCUAUUUUGGGAUUGAAUGUACAAGACACCGCAAGCAGGGUGGUCAGGUUAUUACUUGCGGACGCGCUGGAAGACGAAGGGAGAUGGGAGAGGGAAUUGCUCAAAAGUGCUGGCAGCGGGGACUUCAAUCGAGGCGUCUUGAUACGUUAUGGACAGUCGCCGAAUCCAAAUCUCCCUCAACCGAAGACAAGCAUUCCAGUACUGUACGUGCCAUCAGACGUACUCGAGAGGAACAAUGUGGAAAUACUGGUAUCGAGUGUCAGCGGGCCCCGAAACGGUGAGCUAUUACGAGGGGCGCACACAGUGACCUCAGAUGCAUUCCUAUCACCUUCGAUUGGGACCCCGACCGCUGCGACUGGAAGACAGACAACCAUCAGCCAGCCAGUGCAUAGCUGUCUGCUGGUCACCAAGGGACUGGAUGGACUCAUGCUAGCCGCAGAGUUGUUGGCGUCUACCAAUUUUACUGCUCGGGAAGAUCGGGAAUCUGUUAGCUUGGUCCUCGACUUGAAAGGCAUCCAGGAGAAGGCACCGGGACAGGUCUUGGUCGUGGAUGUCGCGCAAGCAGAAGAGGGUCUGGCGGCAAUCCGAAGAUCCAUAGGAGAAGCAACCGAGUACGAACACAAAUGGGUCGACUCGGGCAUGCCGACAUUAUCGAGCUGGUUCACAUUGACCUCAGCUGCCAGGUCCGAGGGACCCAUUCCGGCACCUGUGAAGGCCCUGAUUUCCUCUUUACUGACAACUGCAAAGACUAACCUGCAAAUUCAAGCUUCAUUAGAAGCUCGAUCGAAUGCAGCUCGAAGUUUGAGCCCCGCCACACGAGCGAAUCUGGAGGAGGCCAUUGAAGGCUUCUCUCGCAAUGCCCACCAAGAGCUCCAAUCAGGACUCGCAUCAGCUUGGGGCUCCCACAACUGGCGCAAGUUGGCCUGGUACAAGCUUUUCUGGCGUGUGGAUGAUGUUGGUUUGAUUAUUACGGACCUUAUCACAAACGCCUGGCUUCCGCGUACUGAGCGUGCGGUCUAUGAACUAUCCGGUCGGCUAUCACAGGCGGGCAUCUCGCCAAUGGAUGCUUUGCCUUCACUGCCACAGGACGGACAACUCACGAUGUCCGAGACAAAAACAGAUCAUCUCACAGAACCCACGCCCGUUCUGCAGGCACAAGCUACCAUUGCUACUGAGCCUCCUAUGCGCGCAACCUUGGUCAACCCCACGGGGACCGCCGAGGUCAAGAUAACCCCUGUCCCUCAGCCCAUACCUUUAUCUUCUUCCAUAUCCAGUACUCGUUCUGCGCAGAUGGAGCUUGCGAUCGCAGAUUUCACCAGUACAGCCCAGCAAAUUGUGCUCAAGACCCUUUCAAUUACAGGUCUCUCCGCAGGUCUCUCGGCGCUGACCUACCUGUCCAUCACACCAGGCAGCAUGUACGAAGCUGGCACAAUAGCAGCUUUAGGUGCAGCCUACGCACUGUGGCGCAUGCAGGGAGACUGGUUCAAGGCUACAAAGGCAUUGGAACACAGCCUAUACGACGAGGGCAGGGCUGUUAUCCAGAGGAUUGUGGGCAGGAUGGAGGAGCUGGUUGACAAUGCUAGUCGAGUUGCGGAGGAUGAGGUCGAACUGCAAAGUCGACGCCAGGCCGAGGAUGCUGUGACGAAAGCCAAAGAGGAAUUAGAUCGACUUCAGUAA